AUGGCGGCACUGCCUCAUCUCACCAGCAGGCAUCAACGAACAGCUUCCCACAACUGCGUCGAGCUGGAGCUCAUCGGAUUCUUGAACAGAGGCCGCGUGGGCCUGGCCUCUGCGGGUGAGCCGGUGCUUGUGGAAGGAAGCAACUGGAAACACAGUCCACACAGGUCGGUGGUGGAGCGGCUGCUGUUCCGUGCUGUGCUCGGGAGGGGGCCGUCCUGGGGGGAAGCAGGCCCAGUCAGCGUUCCCGCGCCGAGAAGAGCCCGGAAAAGAGCAGAAGGUGGAGCCAGCUCCAACGUCUUCUCCAUGUUCGAUCAGUCCCAGAUCCAGGAGUUUAAAGAGACUUUGCUAGCUGUGUGACCCUCUCUUAGGCGCUCAGGGAGGGUCAGCCAUCACUCUCAUGCUGCUGGGCUGGGCUUGAGCAGGUGGGUGGCCGCUCAGAGCCUGUGUCUCUGCCAGGCCUUCACCAUCAUGGACCAGAAUCGAGAUGGCUUCAUCGACAAGGAGGACCUGAGGGACACCUUUGCUGCCCUGGGCCGCAUCAAUGUGAAGAACGAGGAGCUGGAGGCCAUGGUGAAGGAGGCCCCCGGGCCCAUCAACUUCACCGUCUUCCUGACCAUGUUUGGGGAGAAGCUGAAGGGCACAGACCCGGAGGAGACCAUUCUCCAUGCCUUCAAGGUGUUUGACACUGAAGGGAAAGGUUUCGUCAAGGCUGAUUUCAUCAAAGAGAAGCUCAUGACGCAGGCUGACCGGUUCAGCGAGGAGGAGGUCAAGCAGAUGUUUGCUGCUUUCCCGCCAGAUGUGAGUGGCAACCUGGACUACAGGAACCUGUGCUACGUCAUCACACAUGGCGAAGAGAAGGACUAGGAGGAGACCACAGAUCCCCCCACAUUCAGAGCCAGCAAACAAGGGGGUGGGGGCAACUGUCGGGGAGCUCUGCUCCCCUCGCCCUGUGUGUUGGGGGCGAAACAAGAAUAAAU